AUGUCAGGCUCUGUUAAAUCCUGUCUGGUGUGUUUGGCUUCUUACUGUGAAACUCACCUCCAGCCUCACUAUGAAUCUCCUGCUUUUAAGAAGCACAAGCUGGUUAAAGCCUCCAGACGACUCCAGGAGCAGAUCUGCUCUCAGCAUGAUAAACUGCUGGAGGUUUACUGUCGUACUGAUCAGCAGUGUAUCUGCAUGUUGUGCAUCAUGGAUGAUCAUAAAGGACAUGAUACAAUAUCAGCUGCAGGAGAAAGAACUGAAAAACAGAAGAAGUUGGAGAAGUUGCAUAAAGAAUCACAGCAGAGACUCCAGAACAGAGAGGAGGAGAUUCAGAAGCUGAGAAAAGCUGUGAAGUCUCACAAGAGCUCUGCACAGACAACAGUGAAGAACAUUGAGAGGAUCUGUACUGAACUGAUCAGCUCCAUUAGGAGAAGAUGCUCUGAAGUUACACAACUGAUCAGAGAUCAGGAGAAAGCUGCAGUGAGUCAAGCUGAAAUAUUAAUCAAAAGAUAUCAGGAGGAGACAUUCCAGUCACAUUUGGUCUCUGCUGGACCUGCAGAAUCACCAGCCAUUACAUUAAAUCCUCUACUCACUUACAAUAGUGUUACAAAGUCCAUGUCUCAGCUCAGAGAGAAACUAGAAGACUUUUGUAAAGACGAGAACAAGAAGAUAUCAGGAGGAGUGAGAAAAAUCUGGAUAAUUUCUUCACCUGAACCACAAACCAGACGAGAGUUUCUACAAUAUUUCUGUCAGUUCACACUGGAUCCAAACACAGUAAAUAAACACGUCCUUCUGUCUGAGGAGAACAAAGUGGUGAGCUACAGUGAAACAGAACAGUUGUAUCCAGAUAGAUUUGAUUUUUACACUCAGGUUCUGUGUAGAGAGAGUGUGAGUGGACGCUGUUACUGGGAGGUUGAGUGGAGUGGGAAUGAUGGGGUUUAUAUUGCAGUGUCAUAUAAAAGCAUCAGCAGGAAGGGACGUGGUGAUGAGUGUUGGUUUGGAUGGAAUGAUCAGUCCUGGAUUUUGUUCUGUUCUACAUCGAGAUUUUCAUUCUGGCACAAUAACAAAGGAACUGAAAUUCCCAUAAUGCCGAGUUCCUCUAGAAUAGGAGUGUAUGUGGAUUACAGAGCAGGAGCUCUGUCCUUCUACAGCGUCUCUGAUACAAUGAAGCUUCUCUUCAGAGUUCAGACCACAUUCACUAAGCCACUCUACCCGGGGUUUUCGGUUUGUAAAGGUGCUCAGUGGAUCUAG